UCUUGCAUCAUUCCCAUCAUGUCCAUUGAAGUGACUCCGGAGCUUCAACAACAAGCCGAACAGGUGGUGGCCAGAGCUCGCCAGACGUUUCGUUCUGGACGCACAAAGGCCAUUUCGUUCAGAAAGACUCAACUGCGUGCAUUGUACCGCUUUAUGACAGAGCAAGAAGCGGCAAUAAAACAGGCUCUAUAUGACGACCUACACAAGUCUGAUGCUGAAGCCCAAUUGAUGGAACUAGACACAGUGAUGUCGGACAUUGCAGAUCACGUAGAGAAUCUUGAUAAAUGGACAAAACCACAACCAACCCAGAAAGGAAUGGCCUUUUUGUUAGAUAAGACUGAGAUUGUCUACGAACCGUAUGGAGUGGUUCUUAUUAUUGGAGCGUGGAACUAUCCAUUUCAACUGACUUUGUGGCCACUCUUGGGGGCUAUUGCAGCUGGUAAUUGUGCUGUUUUGAAGCCAAGCGAGGUUGCUGGUCACACGUCAGAACUUCUUGAGAAGGAGCUACCUCAAUAUCUGGAUAAGGAUUGUUUUCAUGUUGUGGCCGGUGAUGCAAGAAUUACAACUGCUCUGCUUCAACAACGGUUUGACUACAUCUUUUACACAGGAUCGUCACAAGUUGGAAAGGUCGUUUUGCAAGCUGCUGCGAAGCACAUCACACCUGUUACACUGGAGCUAGGAGGAAAAGGACCGUGCAUUGUCGACUCUGAUUGUGACAUUACGGUUGUCGCUCGACGCAUAUUGUUUGGCAAGUUCCUGAAUGCUGGACAAACAUGCAUCGCUCCCGAUUACGUUCUGUGCGAUCAUGAAACGCAAGACAAGCUAGUGGAAGCUAUGCGGGCUCCACUAGUUGAAUUCUACGGCAAGAAUCCUAAAGAGUCACAACACUUUGGCCGAAUUGUCAACAAGAGACACUUUGAACGUGUAAAGAAAUUGUUGGAUUCUAACAAGGUUGUAAUCGGAGGAGAAACGGAUGAAGAGACGUUGUACAUUGCACCCACAAUCCUUGCCAACGUGUCUCCUGAUGAUGACAUUAUGAAAGAGGAAAAUGAGGUAUUUGGUCCACUAUUGCCGAUCGUUCCAGUGGCCGGCAAAGAGGAAGCGAUUGAGUUUGUUAACAGCAGGGAGAAGCCUCUCGCAAUGUAUGCUUUCUCUAACAACAAGCAAUUUGGUCAAGACUUGAUCGAUCAGACUAGCUCAGGACAGUUUUGUUUCAACGACACUCUCAUCCAUGCCGCAGUUCCCAGUCUGCCAUUCGGUGGUGUCGGACACAGCGGCAUGGGAGCCUAUCACGGCAAAUUCACGUUCGAGACGUUUUCACACAAAAGGGCCGUAAUGCUUCGCACCAUGAAAGAUGAAUGGUUACAAGGCAAACUGAGGUAUCCUCCGCUGACGCCGAAGAAGGUUGCGUGGAUGCAAAGAUUCCUGAAGAAAAAUUUGCGGGACGAGAAACGCAGUUGGUGGUCGAUGCUUCUGGUUUUAUUAAUCGGAGCUGGUAUGGCAUUCUUUGUAAUGACCUGUCUACAUAUGUGAUGACUACCUGUGUGAUCAACUACACAGCAUAGAGAUUGUGCUUGCUUUUAACUCUUAUUGACAUGCACGGCUUUCGCAUUGUGAUUCUUGCACUGCUGAGGGCUAUGGCUGAUAGGUUGCCUUUGAGUUUGGUAUGUAACUUGUCUGUUGACAAUGUGCACUUUUGUGUGUGUCUGCUGGCUUUCAGUUUGACUUUCUAUGAAUAUUGUUGUCGUGUAUUUCUCGAUAGAUUCAUUGUAUUGUAUUGUUAUCAGUAGUUGAUGUGUCAGGUACAGAGAUUUCAGUGCCUUAGGAAUGUGUCAUUUUA